CCCACCAUGCCUAUAUCCGUCCACCCCAUAUUUAGGCUCCACUCCUCACUCCGCCCCCUAAACCCUAGCUCCCCUCCCGCCGCCGCCGCCUUUCCGCACCUCUGCCGCCGCGCAACCAUGGGUAUCGACCUCGUCGCCGGCGGCCGCAACAAGAAGACCAAGCGCACGGCGCCCAAGUCCGACGAUGUCUACCUCAAGCUGCUCGUCAAGCUCUACCGCUUCCUCGUGCGGAGGACGAAGAGCCACUUCAACGCGGUGAUCCUGAAGCGGCUGUUCAUGAGCAAGACCAACCGCCCGCCGCUCUCGAUGCGACGCCUCGUCAGGUUCAUGGAGGGCAAGGGUGACCAGAUCGCUGUGAUCGUGGGCACCAUCACCGACGACAAGAGGGUCUACGAGAUCCCGGCGAUGAAGGUGGCCGCGCUCAGGUUCACCGAGACGGCGAGGGCCAGGAUUGUCAAUGCCGGUGGCGAGUGCCUCACCUUCGACCAGCUCGCGCUCCGUGCGCCGCUUGGACAGAACACGCUUCUCCUGAGGGGCCCCAAGAAUGCCAGGGAAGCUGUUAGGCACUUUGGCGCUGCUCCAGGUGUCCCACACAGCCACACCAAGCCAUAUGUUCGCUCAAAGGGCAGGAAAUUUGAGAAGGCAAGAGGAAGGAGGAACAGCAGGGGCUUCAAGGUUUAAGCUGAAGCAGUUUUGUCACCCUUGUGUCGUAUCGCUCUUGUUACUUAAUCAUUACUCCUUUGGAUACCAGAAUUAUACUGUUUUAGAUGUCAGAAUCUUGUGCUGAUGAAUUUUUUAGAACCAGUUAAUUUUUGGUUUCAUGUUUGUCACUAGCCAGUUAUGAAUAUCCUUUUGGAAAUCAUAUGGGGCCUUUCCCCUAUGUGAACCUUUACAAUUGUUGAUCUUUCAUGAGUUAUCUCCUUUGCCGUGUAACUGGUCAAAAUACA